AUGGAGAUACGCAAAUCCGGCUGCGCGCACAAGAAAAAAGGCGCAAAAUAUACCAACGUUAUGAAACCGCACUUGCGAGUUCUCAUCACUAGCAAUCGAAGGGCUCUAAUAAUGGCAGAUGUUAAAUCUUUGGAGCAUCCUACUUUGAAGGUCCCGUAUGAACUACUAAAUAAGAAGUUUCGUGCAGCACAAAAGCAAUUGGAUCGAGAAGUGUCGCAUGUCCAGGCAGCUGCACUGGAAUUAGAGAGAGGUUUACAAGCAGAAGUAGUUGGAGCAGGAGAUAUUUCUCGUCUAUUAGGAGGAAUGGUAGAAAGAUUACAAGUUCUGAAACGCAAGGCAGAAGAGAGUAUAUCAGAAGAACUUGAAGCUGCUUAUGUCUGUAAACGUCGUUUGGAACAUUUAUGGGGACAUGCAGGUUCUGGUUCCCUCAAUGAUAGUACACAGAGUGCUGUGAAUCUGUGGCGUAGACGCCGCCUUGAUCGAAUGUUGGUAGAGUAUUUUUUGAGGCGAGGGUACUAUGGGGCUGCUACACGUCUGGCUCACCGUUCUGAUUUGCGUGAUCUUACUAAUAUUGAUGUAUUCUUGGUCUCCCGUGAAGUAGAAAAGUCGCUUGCCAGGCGUGAAACUUCAAAAUGCCUUGCAUGGUGUCAUGACAAUCGAUCUAAGUUACGGAAACUCAAAUCAACAAUGGAAUUCAAUCUAAGGAUUCAGGAAUUUGUAGAACUUGUGCGAAACGAUCAGCGAAUGGAUGCUGUUAGACAUGCCCGUAAACAUUUUUCAAGUUUUGAGGAUGAUCAACUUCAAGAUGUUCAACACUGCAUGGCUCUUUUAGCUUUUCCCACUAACACAGAAUUGUCGCCUUACAAAGAGCUGCUGGACGAAAGUCGUUGGGAUCGUCUUGUUGAGCAGUUUCGGCAAGAAAAUUACCGCCUAUUCCAACUUGCAUCACAAUCUGUUUUCACUGUAGCUUUGCAAGCAGGCUUAUCAGCUUUGAAAACACCAUAUCCUUUUCUAAUCAAAAUGAAUUGUUACAGCAAUUCUCGAGAUGGCCGCAAUCCUAGUUGCCCCGUUUGUCAAGAAGCUCUCAAUGAACUUGCUUAUCCUCUACCAUUUGCUCAUUGCUCACAAUCACGAUUAGUAUGUUCUAUCUCAGGGCUUCCUCUCAAUGAGCAUAACCAACCAAUGAUGCUUCCCAAUGGAUAUGUGUAUGGUGAACAGGCCUUAGAACAAAUGGCAAUUGAAAAUAAUGGACAAAUAAUUUGUCCCAAGACAAAGGAAGUAUACCCUUACAAGAAACUCGAGAAGGUAUUUGUUAUGUGAAACAAUAAUUCUGGACAUUUGCGUUUAUUUGUAGAUUUUUUAAGAAUAUUUUUCAAGCUACUCACUCCUGUUGAUGUAUAUUAUUUGAUAGUUUGCCUUUUUGUAUGAUCACUUGUCAUUCAUCUGAAUAACCAGGUGUUCAUGGACAUAAAUUGCCUUGUGUAGAACUUAUUUUGCAAAAUACAAAAUUAUUCCAGUGCUAAAUAUUCUUCUUAUUCCACUCCAGAUUUAGUAAC